UUGAAAACAAGCACUCCUUCUGUGAAAGAGGGGAACUGAGAGGGAGAAGUUGCAGAGAACGAUUGCAAGUGGUAGUUAAUCAUGUCAUUUUAUUUCUUCAAGCAAAGACCCAAACCAGCACCGGAGCUAGUGACAAGUAUCAGAGACAGCCUUCUCGCCCUUGAUACCAAGACCGUUGUAGAAGUUAAAGCCCUUGAAAAGGCUUUAGAAGAAGUUGAAAAGAAUUUUGUGGCAAUGAGACAAAUGCUUUCUGGAGAUGGAGAAGCUGAACCUAACACAGAUAGUGUCUCACAGUUUACAGUAGAAGUCUGCAAAGAGGAUGUUAUUGGCCUUUUUGUUCACAAGUUACCUUUUUUGGGAUGGGAAGCAAGAAAAGAUUUAGUGCACUGUUGGUCUAUAUUGCUGAGGCAAAUGGUUGACUCGACUUAUUGUUGUGUGGACUAUAUUGAGAAUCAUUUGGAACUGCUGGACUUCCUUGUUGUGUGCUACGAUAACAAAGAAAUUGCCUUGAAUUGUGGAAGUAUGUUGAGGGAGUGCAUCAAAUUCCCAACCCUUGCAAAAUACAUAUUGGAUUCUACUAGCUCUGAGUUGUUCUUCAAGUAUGUGGAGCUUCCUAACUUUGAUGUUGCCUCAGAUGCUUUUGCCACAUUUAGGGAUUUGCUUACGAAACAUCAAACUGCAGUUUCCGAAUUCUUGACUGCCCAUUAUGAAGAGUUCUUUGAGCUCUAUGAGAAGCUCCUUACAUCAGCGAACUAUGUAACAAGGAGGCAGUCGUUGAAGCUUCUUUCGGAAUUUCUUUUGGAGCCUCCAAGUACCCAUAUAAUGAAGCGCUACAUCGUAGAAGUUCGGUACUUGAAAGUCAUGAUGACCUUGCUCAUGGAUUCAAGCAAAAAUAUAAAGAUAUCUGCCUUCCACAUUUUCAAGGUCUUUGUUGCUAAUCCCAACAAGCCUCGAGAAAUUGUUAUCAUCCUGGCCAAAAACCAUGAAAGAUUACUAGAACUGCUUCACGAUCUUUCUGUUGGCAAAGGUACUGAUGAUGAGCAAUUUGAAGAGGAAAAAGAUUUGGUCAUCAAGGAAAUCGAAAGAAUAUCACGCAUUCCUAAUGUUGCUUGUUAAAUUCUUCUGUUCCAGUACACCGUGUGCCUCUUUUUACAUCCAAAUCACGAGCUCUUAGGUUUUGUUGUGCAUUAUUGGUCUAUGACAUUAUUCCAUAUACAGUGUUUGCAAUCCCAUGCAUGUAAAGGCCACGCAAGAAGCGUCUGAGAUAUCUUGUGGGUAGGGCAAUUGUGGGAACUGCAAAUGCUCUUGGAGAAUUGAUUUGCGGGGGACAGAAGAUGCCCUUGUUUCUUGUAUUGUGUUUUGGGACUGAAAAGCAGGUUGUAUAUGUUGCUUAUGAUCUGGUGUGCAAUUAAUUUUUUGGUCAUGUUUAGUGUUAAAUUGGUUGUUUUGUGUG